CAACAGUGACCGUGAGAUGCAGAAGCUCAUGUUCGAAAAUAUCUAUUUUUCGUUAUAAUUUGCACGUUUAACUUUCAAUUUGAUUAAUUUGACGUAAAUUUCGUCGCACAUUUAAACUUGACACGCAACAAGUCGCUGUGGUCACACCAAUUAUCAAUUUGCAUACGCAGCACCCGCAACUGACCGCUUUCGUUUGUGCCGGUUGUCAUAAAAGAAAAAACGCCGCUUUUUUUUUUUUUGCUUGUCUACGUGCUAUUGAUUUGAUUUAUUGUAAUUGUUGAUAUUGCUUGCAAUAUGAGUCGUCGACGCGCUCACGAUACUGAGGACGAGGGCUAUGACCAUAGACGAAACAAACGGCGCCGCGUCUCCGAGAAUCAGGAGAUUGAAGAUCGCCUGGAGUCACUGAUUCUGCGCGUGGGCGAGCGCAGCACCUCGUCGGUGGAGUCGAAUCUCGAAGGUCUGGUGUCAGUGCUGGAGGCUGAUCUGGGCACUUUUCGGCUAAAGAUCCUACGCAUCCUCUCCGACUGUGCCGUGCGUAUGCCCGAGAAGUGCACAGUGUACACGACCUUGGUUGGUCUGCUCAAUGCCAAGAACUACAAGUUUGGUGGUGAGUUCGUCGACCAUAUGGUGAAAACGUUCAAGGAGUCAUUAAAGCUAUGCCGUUGGGACGCGGCACGUUACUCGCUGCGCUUCCUGGCCGAUCUGGUCAACUGUCACGUCAUCUCGGCGACAAGUCUGCUCCAGCUGCUCGACACAAUGAUAGAUGUGUCCAACGAGGACACUGUGCCACAGGUGCGUCGUGAUUGGUUCGUGUUUGCCGUCCUCUCCACACUGCCCUGGGUGGGACGUGAUCUGUACGAGAAGAAGGAGUCGGCGCUGGAAUCGUUGCUGCUGCGCAUUGAAGUGUAUUUGAACAAGCGCUCCAAGAAGCAUCACAAUGCACUGCGCGUCUGGUCAUCAGAUGCGCCACAUCCGCAGGAGGAGUACCUGGACUGUCUGUGGGCACAGAUACGCAAGCUACGCCAGGAUAACUGGGCCGAGAAGCACAUACCGCGUCCCUAUCUUGUCUUCGACUCCAUUUUGUGCGAGGCACUGCAGCACAAUCUGCCGCAGAUUACGCCGCCGCCACACCACGACUCCUUUGAGUAUCCCAUGCCGUGGGUGGUGUACCGCAUGUUUGACUACACUGACUGCCCGGAUGGACCCAAUUUGCCUGGUGCGCAUUCAAUUGAGCGCUUCUUGAUCGAGGAGCAUCUGCAUCACAUCAUUGAGACGCAUCAUCACGAGCGUAAGGAUUGCGCCGCACAGCUGCUCAACUUUCCCUUCAAACACAAGAUCCCCUUGGAAUACUGUAUUGUGGAGAUGAUAUUUGCGGAACUCUUUCACAUGCCCACGCCCCGCUAUCUGGACAUUUGUUACGGCUCCAUUCUGAUCGAGCUAUGCAAACUGCAGCCAGGCACCCUGCCCCAGGUGCUAGCCCAGGCCACUGAGAUUCUGUUCAUGCGUAUCGACUCUAUGAAUACCUCGUGCUUUGAUCGUUUUGUUAACUGGUUCAGCUAUCAUUUGAGUAACUUUAAGUUCACCUGGUCAUGGGACGAGUGGGACAGUUGCCUUUUGCUCGAUGCCGAGCAUCCACGUCCCAAGUUCAUACAGGAGGUGCUCCAGAAGUGCCUGCGAUUGUCGUACCAUCAGCGUAUUACCGAAAUGAUGCCCACAACAUAUGCGAAGCUUAUUCCGGUGACUCCUGUUCCUAACUACAAGUACUCCAACGAGGAGGCAGCCAACCUACCGGGCACCGCGGUGGCUCAUCAACUGGUGGUGGCCAUUAGACAGAAGUGCACACCAGAGGAGGUGGUCAACAUACUGAAGGAUAUACCCAGCAGUGGAUACAGUGGCGAGGAGAUGUCCGAUGGCAGUUUUAAUGCACUCAAGAUCGAUGUCUUUGUACAGACGCUGCUCAAUUUGGGUUCCAAGUCGUUCUCGCACAGCUUUGCGGCCAUCUCCAAAUUCCAUGUGGUGUUCCGCGCCUUGGCCGAGACGGAGGAGGCACAAAUCUGCAUACUGCACAACAUCUUUGAGUUGUGGUCAUCUCAUCAGCAAAUGAUGGUCGUUCUGAUCGAUAAGCUGCUCAAGCUCCAAAUUGUCGAUUGCUCGGCGGUGGCCACAUGGAUAUUCUCCAAGGAGAUGACCGGCGAGUUCACCAAAAUGUAUCUCUGGGAGAUUCUCCAUCUGACCAUCAAAAAGAUGAACAAGCAUGUCAUCAAGCUAAACACUGAGCUGAGUGAUGCCAAGGAGAAACUGUCGAAGGCAGACUCCUCCUCCAGCGACACAGAUGAGGACACACCGCACAAGCGUAAGAAGCCCAUCACUCACGCGGACAAGCCAUCCGAGGAGGUCGUGGAACGCAUGGAGGAGAAACUGGAGGCAGCCAAUGUGAAUCAAAAGCGUCUGUUCCUGAUCGUCUUUCAGCGUUUCAUAAUGAUACUGUCCGAGCAUCUGCUACGAUCCGAUACAGAUGGACGCGAUCCGGAUACGGACUGGUAUCGCUGGACCAUUGGCCGCCUGCAGCAGGUGUUUCUUAUGCAUCACGAACAGGUGCAAAAGUACAGUAGCACACUGGAGACGCUGCUAUUCACAUCAGAUCUGGACACACACAUACUGGAGGUAUUCCAACAGUUUGUCGCACUACGCGCCUAAUAACCUGAAUAACAAUAAAAAAAGGAAAGCCCCAAGGGCUCUGGCUGAGUGUUGGUCCCUGGUGCAUGAUAAAGAUGUGUAACAAGACCAACAGCAGAAGUUCAGCACCGCAGAUGUCCAGAGAUGUAGAUGGACAGCAGAUAGGCACUUGGUCAGCGUCACUUUAGUCUGAGCCUUAGUUCAGUUUUAAGUUUUAGUUUUUGUAACAUGCAUACGAGUACAUAAUUUAAAUAUAAAGGGCCAUAUCAAGCAGCCCACAUUCUACCCAACA